GCUUUUCGUCCUCUGGGUUCAAAUAGUGGAAGAUAGUGUACCCAGAUGCAAAUAUAACGCCAUUCUUUCAAUCACUUGAAAACACACGUCGACGAUGACAUGGGUUCAGAUGCUUUACAAUAGUUUCCACCAUCCCUAAAUAUAUCUAUUAUCCCAAAAGAGUGUAUCUGCAAAUAGCAUGGGUAUCAAUCAGAAUCUUCUGUUCCCCUUUCGUCCGCUUCAUGCCAAGUUAUGUACCGUCAUGUAAAUGAGUGUCGUGAAUUCGUGAAGUCCCACAUCCAUCCUUAAAUUGUUUCCCUCCCUUCCCUUUUUGUUGAUUAGUCAUUGGCCCUCCUACAGCUAGAUACGACGCUGCAUACUUCCGCUGUGGCCGCGGCGGCAUUCGCAUCUGUUUCCGCUCAUCCGCACAAUGGAAUAUAAGCAUAAACAUGCCCCGACUCCGCUUGUGUACCUCCGAAGGAGCUUGUUGAUGCGUAACACCAUGAGUGAAGAAGCGACGUAUUUCUGUAACAAACAUCCCGGGACCACAAACUCAUCCACGAACCACAACUCGUCUUUCUUGCAGCAGAUUAAACACUAGAACGUGCCUCCCACUUUGACCAAACCUCCAUAACGAAGCCGAUCCACCCAUCUCAUCCAGGCUGACCCAAAUGGGCAAGUAUUAAAAGGGUUGAACAGGAAGUCAAACGGAAGAACUUCCCCGUUCGUCAAUCAACAAAUUUACAAGAAAGGGAUGGCUGCUAAGAUGGUAGCCAAUAAAGCCGCUACCGAUGGCGACUGAGCGACACUGCCCGCUGAAGUAACGGGGUCGGAGAUGCUUGACGGUGGGGCGGUCGAGGUGGUGAUGCCUGUGCUACUAGCGCUGAUCGUGCCGCUGACGGAUGCGGUGAUCGAUGGCUCGAUGCUUGAAACCGAGGGCAGCGACGAAGCCGAUGGGGAAGACGACGAAGCCAAUGAGGAAGACGACGGAACGGACACAGGUCUGGUGGGAAUAGCGGUGGUCGACGACACCCCAACCGCAGACGAUUUGGUGGUAAACGAUGAUGACGAUUCAACUGAGCUGGAUGAUGCCGUUGAGGAUGACGAUGCGGACGAAGUCAAUGAUUCAGCCAAUGAAGAUGACGCGGUCGAGACUGUUGAGGAAGCUUCAGAGACCGUCGUGCUCGACGCUGAAGAUGAGAGGGUUAGGACUUCCGAAGACGAGGAGGUUAAGACUGUUGUGCUCGACGCUGAAGACGAGGAGGUUAGGACUUGUGAAGAAGACGAAACAACCGGCGCCGAAGAAGAUGAGACAGCCACCGGCGCAGAUGAAGAAACCGGCGGCUGAGAGGAAGCUUGAGUUGACGAAACG